AUGGCCCCGCAGCAAACAGGUAGCAGGAAGCGGAAAGCACCCGCGAUCCAAGCGGGCGCCGCAACCUCGUCGUCUCAGAUCUCCGCGGCGGCUGACGCAGAGGGGCCGCUGCUGCCCAAGAAGCAGAAGCGGCCGGCAACUAGACGCUCGCUGGUCCACUACCUGAAGGGCCGCGAGGUGGGCGCAUGGGGCGGCGCCGGGCUCUCGGGCUCAGAGGGCGAGCUGCGAGGCUGUGCGGUGCAGAAGCUGCCUGAGCUGUUGAGGGAGCGCGAGCUGGCCCUGGGCACCCUCAACAAGGUGUUCGCGUCGCAGUGGCUGAACGCCAGGCAGGUGGUGUGUGGCACCAAGUGUAACACCCUCUUCGUGGUAGAUGUGCACUCGGGUCAGAUCACGCGCAUCCCCCUGAUGCGGGAUCGGGGGCCCUGGUUGGCCCGGGCUCAGCCGACCUGCGGUAUCCACGCCAUCGAGCUGAAUCCUUCCAAGACCCUUCUGGCCACUGGGGGUGAGAAUCCCAACAGCCUGGCUAUCUACCAGCUGCCCACCCUGGACCCCGUGUGCCUGGGCGACCGCCAUGGCCACAAGGACUGGAUCUUCACCAUCGUCUGGAUGAGUGACACAGUGGCUGUGAGCGGCUCCCGUGACGGCACAGUGGCGCUGUGGCGGAUGGAUCCCGACAUGUUCAAUGGCAGCAUCGCUUGGCACAAUGACGCUGGUCUCCCUGUGUACGCCCACAUCCGUCCGAGGGACAUGGAGACCAUCCCCAGGUCCAGCACCAGCCCCAGUAACCGCAAGGUGCGGGCUCUGGCCUUCAGCGGCAAGAACCAGGAGCUGGGAGCGGUGUCCUUGGACGGCUACUUCCACCUGUGGAAAGCCCGCAGCACUCUGUCCAGGCUGUUGUCCAUCAGGCUGCCCUACUGCCGAGAGAACGUGUGCCUGACGUACUGUGAUGAGUUGUCCCUGUACGCGGUGGGCUCCCAGUCCCAUGUCUCCUUCUUAGAUCCACGCCAACGUCAGCAGAAUAUCCGGCCCCUGUGCUCCCGAGAGGGUGGCACAGGUGUGCGCUCGCUGAGUUUCUACCAGCAUAUCAUCACCGUGGGCACAGGCCAUGGCUCCCUGCUCUUCUAUGACAUCCGCGCCCAGAAGUUCCUGGAGGAGAGGGCCUCAACCAGCCCGGACGCCUCUCCUGGGCCCUCAGGAAGGAAGCUCAAACUCACCUGUGGCAGAGGCUGGCUCAACCACGAUGACCUGUGGGUGAACUACUUUGGUGGGAUUGGCGAGUUCCCCAACGCGCUCUACACCCACUGCUACAACUGGCCGGAGAUGAAGCUCUUCGUGGCUGGGGGACCUCUCCCUUCAGGCCUCCAUGGGAACUACGCAGGCCUCUGGAGCUAA